CACUCAGCUAUUUUUUACUUUACGAAAACAUAAUACUAAUGCAAUAGUUCCGUUGUUACUGAAAAGUCAUUAAAAUGUGGUGAACAUAUCAGCUUUUCAAUGUUAAUUUAAAUAAAUUUGUAGGUUAUAUAAUGUUAACAAUUUCCUUGAAACAUUCAAUCAGCUGACAAGAAAAUGAUCGCGCCAAGGGAAUGCUUUCACAUUUCCUCAGUUUUGAAGUGCAAUUGGAAGUAUAUUAAUCGUCAUGCAAGAUUAUUUUCAUCACAAGCAGAGCGUCAACCGUUGGCAUCUGAAGGUCCUUGGCAAAUAUACUCUGACAAGAUCUCAAAUGGCAUCCUAAGCAGAGAUGAGCAUCAGGAAAAAGUGGUUCACCAGCUUCAACAGAUUUAUCAAGAAGUAGCAGCAUUCGAAAGACCAGUGUUACAGAACCGGACUAGUAGUUCACUGUUUAAUUUCUUCAAAAAAAGUGAACCUCAGAAAAUUAUUGCACCUAAAGGUCUUUAUAUUUAUGGCAGCGUUGGUGGAGGAAAAACGAUGCUGAUGGAUUUAUUUUACGAGACAGUGCCUAUAAAAGAAAAGUUAAGAGUACAUUUUAACUCUUUUAUGCUGAAUAUUCAUGCUCGAAUUCAUGAGCUUAAAAUCAAAUCUGGUAAAGGAGCUAGCUCUUUCAGAGAUGAAGGUUCCAAGCCAUUUGAUCCCAUACCCCCCGUGGCAGCAGAUAUCACACAAGAAUCAUGGCUCAUUUGUUUUGAUGAGUUUCAAGUAACUGAUAUUGGUGAUGCUAUGAUUUUGAAGAGAUUGUUUACACAAUUAUUUGAUAAUGGUUGUGUUGUCAUAGCUACCAGUAACCGCAAACCUGAUGACUUGUACAAGAAUGGAUUACAGAGAUCAAAUUUUCUGCCGUUUAUUCCGAUCCUCAAGUCUCAUUGUGAUGUAAUCCAGCUAGACUCUGGAAUUGAUUAUAGAUUAAGAGGAAUGGGUAGCAAAUAUAGUAAAUAUUUCCUGAACAGUGAAUUGACCCCUGAAAAUAAUGUAGUAGACAACUUAUUCAAGUUCCUGAUAUCAAAGGAGAAUGAUACUGUAAGAGUUAGAGUUAUAAAUAUAAUGGGAAGGAACGUCAAGUUUUCAAAAUCUUGUGGAAGAGUUUUGGACACUACUUUUGAGGAAAUAUGUGAUAGACCUCUUGGUGCUAGUGACUAUCUUGUGAUAUCAAAAACUUUCCACACUGUGUUCAUAAGGGAAUUACCUCAGCUAUUUCUGUCAAAACAUAGAUCACAAUUGAGAAGAUUUAUUACUCUCAUUGAUACUCUGUAUGACAACAGGGUGCGGGUUGUUAUAGCUGCAGAUUGUGAUCCAAAGGAUCUAUUUAAAGCAGAGGAAGUAAAAGAAGUUGGUGAUGCAGACAGGGCUCUUAUGGAUGACUUGAAAAUAACAAAAGAUUCGGAGGAUGCUAAUGCUGCUAUAUUUACUGGCGAGGAGGAGUUAUUUGCAUGUGACAGGUGCCUUUCAAGAAUAAUGGAAAUGCAAACAGAUGAAUACUGGGAGAAGUGGGGAAAACAUCUCAACUAAAUUCUUAACUACACUGUUUUGUUUGGACUAAAAGUAAAUAGAUAAUGUCUGACUCUUUUCGUAAUAAUUGACCCAGCAAUAUUAGUUGUAAAAGUGCUAAAAUAUUAAGUCAGUAUUAGCUCACAUUGUCAUUUAAUUUGAUAAGUUUGAUUCCAUUAAUUGAAUGGAAGAGAUAGCAAAUUAAGUAAUU